GGGCGCUCAGUCUGACCGUAUUUUCUGCUGCUGCUGCUGCUGCUGCCACUGCAGGUGGAGGAGGGGGAGGGUACGGGCAGGACGGGGGAUACCGCGGGCGAGGAGGAGGAGGAGGAGGCUUUGGUGGCCGUGGCGGCGGUGGCGGUGGGUACGACCGCGGAGGGUACGAGCGAGGUGGUGGUGGUGGGGGGUACGAGCGAGGUGGUGGCCGGGGCGGGCGCGGCGGAGGUGGCAUGAGCGCUGGUGACCAUAGCGGAUACGGUAAACCCAGUGACCAGGAUAACGCAGACAACAACACCAUCUUCGUCCAGGGCAUGGGCGACGAGGUCACCGUGGAGCAAGUGGCGGAGUUCUUCAAGCAGAUCGGCAUCAUCAAGAUCAACAAGCGCACGGGUAGCCCCAUGAUCAACAUCUACACAGACCGUGAGACCGGCAAGCCCAAGGGGGAGGCCACCGUCUCCUUUGACGACCCCCCUUCCGCCAAGGCCGCCAUCGACUGGUUCGACGGCAAGGAGUUCAACGGAGGCAAGAUCAAGGUGUCGUUUGCCACUCGCCGCUCCGACUUUGGCUCCAACUGGCGCGGUAGAGGCCGCGGGGGUGGGGACCGCGGGGGUGGGGACCGAGGGGGGGGUGGAGGCUACGGGGGCCGUGGAGGAGGGGGAGGGGGUCCUGGAGGCCCCAACGGGGGUCAGAGAGCUGGAGACUGGGACUGCCCCAACCCGUCGUGUGGCAACCAGAACUUUGCGUGGAGGAACGAGUGCAACAAGUGCAAGGCUCCCCGUCCAGACGGGGGCAGCUCCCCGGGCGGAGGAGACGGAUUCCGGGGGGGCCGUGGGGGUGGCUUUAGAGGCCGGGGGGGUGGCAUGGACCGGGGGGGCCGGGGGGGUGGCGAUCGUGGGGGGUUCAGGGGGGGCCGCGGAGGCUGGAUGGGCGGUGGGGGUCCUGGCAAGAUGGACGGCCGAAGUGACUACCGCCACGAGCAUCGCGACCGCCCCUACUAGGAGCCUGGGUGGGAGUCUGGAAUCCAGAAUCCCGGGAGUCAAGAAUCCU